AUGUUGCGGCCUUACUUUCCUCCUGUCUAUCACGAAAGUACAAUGCCUGAUGUCAAUACAAUAGUGGAAGUGGUAGUUCUUGUCGGUGAUGUCUGGAAAGUGGGAGAUUUAGUUGAUUGGUGGAAGGAUGGUUGUUAUUGGUCUGGAAGAGUAACAGAAGUAUUAGGGAAUGAGAAAGUUAAGAUUGAGUUGCCGCCUCCUCCUGUUGGUGAAGGAUGUUCCUAUGAAGUUUCUUGCAAGGACUUGCGCCCAUCCUUGGAUUGGUCUCCAGAAAAUGGUUGGACAGUACCCACAACGGAGAAUGAAAAUGGGCGUCCUUGUGCUCGAGUAAUGAAGCCUGGUAAUCAAGGGGGCAUUUCAAGCUUGACAGCCCAUUCUGUAGGUGAUGGAAGAAAGGGUGUCCAAGCUAUUGCUGUAGCAUCACAUCCUUCUUCUCAAGUAUCUGCUAGCUCAUUGCAACCUCAUGAUGGAUUAGAGGAAAUGGCAAAGCAACCGUUAGGUGCUAUAACAGCAAAGUUGACACCCACACCAGAAACAAAUGUUGAUUCUGACAUGGCAGAUAGUGGGAUUGGGAAGACGAGUUGCUCAGAUAGUGUUUCAAGUUCGCAUAUUAAAAAUGCAUCAAAGGGGAUGGGGAGAUCUACAACUGGGAAAGACAGAGUUGACAACAAUGGGUCCUUAAAGAAGUUGAAAACAGAUCAAAGCAUAGUUUUAAAUUCAAUGAGCUCUGACACAUUAGAAGCUGCAAUUUUAGACUUGGAGGAACUUGUAAACCGGGUUAAAUGGAUGAAGGGUGUCUUGGAGAUUGGAAUGCCUUUGACAAGUGCCAUGCGCCCCACUUGGAAGUUUUUGUGA